UCUCAAUCCCCCAGCCGAAAUCAUUACUGCACGUUUAUACGUAUACGAGAACAGAACAUACACCCCACGUGCACAUGCACAUACUCGCCUCCUCUACAUGCACACCUACUUCUACCGCAGAACUCUCUUCGCUAACACUUGCCGUCUCUACUGCAUGCGCCCGCCAUCUGAUAACCUUGGCCUGAUCCAUUUCCUUACGUUUCACACCUACCCCUGCUCCCACACCCACACCCACACCCUCACCCGCACCCACACCCCUCUCUGACCUACCCACCCCGGCCUCUGUUGGUUAUCAGAUCAAAGUUUUUAUUCCCCAAGGCUCUCUCUCUAUCACUCACACAUUCCUCCCUCUCCCUCUCCCUCUCCCUCUCCUACCCUCACCCGACCAUCUUCAUACUCUACUUGAGCCUCCCUGUCCCUCCCUCUCCCUCUCCAAAUUACCCGUAUCUUCCCCUCCAUCACCCAUGCCGUUGUGAAAAUAUUCUCUUAUUGUCGAGAACACAACCUCGCAAUGGCUCCCUCCCACCCCUUCCUCUACAUCCUCUCCCUCUCCCUCGCCAUAUUCUCCCUCCUCGCCGACGCCAAGGUCGUGACCUACGACUUCAACGUCACCUGGGUGAGAGCAAACCCAGACGGACUUUUCGAGCGCGCAACAAUCGGAAUCAACAAUGCGUGGCCACCGCCAACUAUCAACGCAGACGUUGGCGAUACCGUCAUCGUGAACCUCGAGAAUGGCUUGGGUAAUGCGACUACCUCGCUCCAUUUCCAUGGCCUGUUUAUGAAUGGAACCACGGAGAUGGAUGGCGCUAUUGAGGUCACUCAGUGCGGUAUUGUGCCGGGAGCUACCUUCAAAUACAACUUUACGAUUGACCAACCGGGUACCUAUUGGUAUCACUCGCAUUUCCGCGGCCAGUACCCUGACGGAAUCCGUGCUCCUCUCAUCAUCUCUGACCCCAAGUCUCCUUUCAAGGACAUGUAUGAUGAGGAGAUUGUCGUCUCAGUCUCAGACUGGUACCAUGACCAAAUGACGGACCUCAUCCCAAAAUUCCUGAACAAGGCCAACCCCACAGGUGCUGAGCCAGUGCCUAACUCAGCACUGUUGAAUGACACGCAAGACCUGCAGGUCAAAAUUGAGGCCGGCAAGACCUACCUCUUCCGCAUGGUGAACAUGGGCGCUUUUGCAGGGCAGCGUGUCUGGUUUGAAGGUCACACGAUGAAGAUUGUCGAGGUGGAUGGCAUUUACACCGACCCAUACGAGGCAGACAUGAUAUAUUUGACCGCGGCUCAGAGAUACAGUUUCCUCGUGACGGCCAAGAACGAGACUACUGCCAAUUAUGCAUUUGUUGGAAGUAUGGAUACAGAUCUAUUCGACAAAUUCCCCGAUACCUUGAACUACAAUGUUACAGGAUGGCUCGUCUAUGACAAUAGCAAGCCUCUUCCAGAGCCAAAGCUCAUCGAUGAGUUCACAGACAUUGACGAUUUCGACCUCGUUCCCCACGACAAGGAGCCCCUCCUAGGAGACGCAGACCAAACCAUCACCCUCGAAGUAAUGAUGGACAACCUCGCCGACGGAGCAAACUACGCCUUCUUCAACAACAUAACCUACAAGCCCGCCAAAGUACCCACCCUCUACACGGCCCUCACCAGCGGCCUCACCGCCACCAACCCCGCCAUCUACGGCCAAUACACGCACCCCUUCGUGCUCUCCCACAACCAAAUCGUCGACAUCGUCAUCAACAACAACGACCCCGGCAAGCACCCCUUCCACCUGCACGGCCACGCCUUCCAAGCCAUCUGGCGCAGCGCCGAGGAAGCCGGUCCCUUCGACGCCACGCGGGAUACCGAUUUCUCCAAGACGCCGAUGCGCAGGGACACGUUGAUGGUCAGGCCGAACGGAAACAUGGUGUUGAGGUUCAAAGCGGAUAAUCCAGGAGUGUGGUUGUUCCAUUGCCAUAUCGAGUGGCAUGUUGAUUCUGGGCUGAUUGCGACGAUGGUGGAGGCGCCGCUGGAGAUGCAGAAGACGAUCAGUAUUCCUGAGGAUCAUUAUGAGGCGUGUAAGUCUGCUGGGACGGGGACGAAGGGGAAUGCGGCGGGGAAUACGGAGGAUUUGCUGGAUUUGACGGGGGAGAAUAAACCGCCGGGGCCGUUGCCUGAUGGAUUCACGCCAAGGGGUAUAGUAGCAAUGACAUUCAGCAUCAUAUCCGCACUCCUAGGCCUCGGGUUCAUAACCUGGUACGGCCUAGCAGACAUGGGAGCAGCAGAGAAGGAGAAUGAGAGGAGGAGGGUAGCUGAUUCCGGUAUUAUCGAGUCGCCGAGGUCCGAGUAAGGGGGUUUGUUUAGGGGACAUAUUGGAUUUAUACCAUACAUAUAUGUAACGUGUAGAUAAUAGCGAUUUAAAGCCGCGGGGACGGCGUAUAAAAUAUAAACAUCUUGAAACUAU